AUUUAGAAUGAAUUUCCAUUAAGUGCAACUCACUUUGUCAUAUCUGGUUUAAAAUUUUGUCAUAUCAAAUUGAAAUGACGGGGGAAAACAAGUCGGUUAAUAAAGACUACGCUGUAAAUUCAUUUUUUAAAAGAAACUACGCUGCAAAUCCAAAUCAAAAAACAAAAACAUUUUCUAUUACAUAAUAAAAGAAACAAAAAAUAUAUAGCUACACAACUCAUGACGUUUAACGAGUUAGGAUUUGAAACCAUUCCAACCUUCGUUCUAAAAUUAUAAACACACUAAUAAAGAAACAUCAAGUUUUUUCUCUAACCAUUCCGACCUUCUCCCUAAAAUAUAGAGACAUGAAGGAAAUAUAUAAAGAGAGCACUAGGUUUCAAUAACGAUAAACGAGCAAUGUUGAGUUGACCCAACAUAAAAAACAUUUUGUGAUUAAGCGUAUAAAUGAAGGCUUUUCUUAAUUGGUUGUCUUUUUUUUUUUAACAGAUUAAUUGGUUGUCCCUACAUUAACUCAAGUUACUGAUCUUAAUAUGCACCUUGCAUCCUUUUCGUUGGAGCUCCAAAAUUCUGCACGGACAAGUUGUCCUCACUUCCAGUCUUGUCAACCAACCAACUCUCGGGCAUAGCCGUAUAGGAUAAUUAGCAUAAACGUUUUAUUUGGUACGAUUCGAUAGCACAAGUUUGGAUAUGUAACAAAAUGGUCAUUUUCGUCAAUUCCAUCUAAAAUUUUGUCAAACUCGUCCAAUUAACAGUCCAUGUCAUCCAGAAAAUAAAAGAAAUUCGCCUCACCAUCCAAAGUAACCCAACCCAUCCGAGCCAAACUAAUAUUGCAUAUUUAUUUUUUUAUGACCAUUUCAUUACAUUAAAGUGUAACUAUUUUGUACAAAAUGAAAAGGUUUGUGCACAUUUGGUUUCAAAGAGAAGUGUAUUCCGGAUCUCGUCCAAACUACUUCCGAACCCCAUUUUGGAUCAUUUCAAGAGUCGAUACAUUAUCAUUUUUUUUAAAAAGUUGACAAUAAAAAUAUGUUCACUCUAAAACAAAAUGGGUGUAAACCCUUUUUCAUUUUGUAACAAAAUAAUUACGCUUUUUUUAAUAAUGUAGCGAAAUGACCAUAAAAAAAAAUAUGUCAAAAUAAGUAUGCAACAUGGCUGGGUGACUCUGGAUGGUGAUGCUAAAUUUUUAUUUUAUUCUUUCAUUGAUAUGAACUGCUAAUCGGACGAGUUUAAUGAAAUGAAAUGGGUCGAAAAUGAUAAUUUUGUUACAGGUUCAGACCUGUAUUAUCGUAUCGUAGAAAAUGAAACUUUGUGACCACUUUAUACAAAGUCCAGAGUUUUGUAAUCAUACCCGCUCAUACAAGUCGCAGAGAAUCUCCGUGGCCUCGUGAUUUCUUUAUUUUUUUGUCAAUUCUGCCGACCUAUACAUUUAUCACAAACCCUAAACCUGCCAUAGAAAGAGGUAACUCAGAUUACAAAAGCGUUAAAAACAUAACACGAUUUAAAUCAUCACAUUGAACAUAGCUAUGCACAUGCCACCGACCACAAAUGCAGUUUUAUGCCUUCCGUGGGAAUAAUGUCAGCUUUUCAGUUCACAGACCUGCCUAAUGGCUAAUACCUCCAAGGCUGAUAUGCGAACUAACGAUUGAACUCAGUUUCGACCAAAACAAGUCCACAGACUUUUCCAGUAAUGGUUUCUUGCAAUAUAUAAUCAUUCUCCUUCCUCCCUGUAUCUCUUUCUUGCAAGUGCAUAGCACAAUACACUCAUGUCAAUCAGAUGCUCAUUGAUCCUCAACAAUGUUGCUUAGAAUCCGUGUUAGGAAACAAAACAUGGGGACUGAUAACUGUAAUGCAUAAUGGUAGAACCAAAGCAAUGGAUAUCUCAAUUAGCGAACCAUCAGCAAGGAAUCAACAGCAGCAUACUAAUUUAUCAGGAUCACUGGAACCUAACAGAAGCAAUAAGAAGAAGAAGAUGAAAAGGGAGAAUCAGGGGGAGCUUACUCGAAGUUUGGUGUUUGUGAGAUUGGGGAAUCGAAAAGUCCAUAAAAAAAAGUCCGAAACGAAAAAAAAACACACAAUAAUCUAGUUCUCAGCCGGCUUUGUGAUUAUGAAACUAAUCUGAGUACCAUCUUUCUGAUCUCACCUGAGAAGCAUGAUUGAACAAUCCACAGUAAUGAUUUAUGUGGAGAAUCAUACUACAGGUAAAACUCAACUACCUCACUUCUACAGAAAGUUCUUUCACUUAUAACUCAGGCACUGACUUAAACUCUUACCAGAUUACACACAUCUAAACAAAUGAACUUCACAACAAUCCAAAUGAAUCCUCUACACGUAAUAUUUUUCAUAGAUCAAUACAAAGCCAUAGAUAUCCCACAUUAUCCUUUCAUAGAUCAAAGCAAAAGCCACAUAUAUCUCAAUUAGCGAACCAUCAGCAAGAAAUCAACAGCAGCAUAUCAAUGGAAUCUAACAGAAGCAAACAAAGAAGAGGAAAAGGAGAAAAAAAUGGCAGGAGCUUACUCGAAGUUCGGUGUUUGUGAGAUUGCGGAAUUCAUCAGUGGUGGUUGUUAUUUGAAUAAGGCCCUAAUCAGGACUCGGUGUCUAGAGGUGGUUGAGAGAAGUAUUGCUAGCAUUAGCUGGUUGCUAACACAACCAGUGAUCUCUCAUGACCAGCUAGCUUAGUUGAUCUUCAGUUCAUAUGAUACAUCUUAGUCCUUGUUGGAGGAAGACUGAAGACAAUUAGCAAACAUAAACCCAUCUCUGAAAGUAGAGAUCCCAAUCGAUCUAUUCUGAAUACACCAUCCUAAAAAUAGGCAAUCCAGUAACCAUAGUCCAUAAGUUGGCAGAAUCCAGUGAACAGGUCCCAAGCGUGCAUUGACAAAGAUGCGUUCUUUCGUUUUCCCUUUCAAAAUGGUGAGAAUAAGUAUCAAAUUAAUUAUAGACUGUGUCCUAUCAACGGUGUAUAGAACAGAUGCCAAGGAAGACUUCAGCUCAGGCGAGCUCUGAAUUUAGUACUUUUGAAGAACAAAACCUUAGAUACAAUGACCAACCUCAAUAGCUUUCCGCUAUUAAACCCACAAAUCAUCUCAGAUUAUAGCAAAAGCAGAAAAAGCAAUUCACAAACUACGAAUCCAUGAAAAGAAACUAUCCUAAAUCCAAAAAAUUAGAGAUUUGGCAAACUAUGAUCUCUUUGAUGAUUUAUGUUCCACUAAUCAUGGAGUUGGUUCCUGAUAAGGAGGAGAUAUUCUCGGAACUACCUUUGUUACUGUUGUCAUUCUGUUUCCUUAGUUUACGUUUAGUGGGAACUGCUUUACUUAGGAAUAGCUGGCUGUUAUACCUUUUAGUGUAUAUAUAUACAUAUCAAUAAUACAAGAACGAGUAGGUUUUCCUGAGACACUUUCAUGGUAUCAGAGCCAUAAUAAACUCAAACGAGUACAUACCUUCUUCUUCUUCUUCCGUUUCUGCUUCUUCUGCUUCUCCCUCAAAUGGCUACUUCCUCCACUACAUCUGAUUCCUCUUCUCCAUCUCUUCAACCUUCCCCUCCUCAGCGCCUGCUGAUUCCCUCAAAUCCCCAGCUCACCGUCAAACUAAAUCCCACCAAUUAUCUGCUAUGGCGUGCUCAGCUUAAUCCUCUGCUUCGCUGUAAUCGUCUCAUCGGACACAUCGAUGGCACCCUUCCUCCUCCUCCUUUGAAUGUCGAGGACCACCCGAAUCCAGCAUAUGCCACCUGGUACGAGAAUGAUCAGCUCGUCCUGGCCUGGAUUAAUCUCUCGCUGACAGAAGCUGUGAUGCCCACCAUUGUCAACAAGUCUACUGCCCGUGAUGCCUGGGAUGCUCUUGCUGCUGUCUACGCCUCGGGCUCUCCCGUCAUCAUCGGCCAGCUCCGCAAGGAUCUUCUGCGUCUCUCCCGCGGCAAUGAGACGAUCCAUGAAUACAUCCACCGCGCGAAAGCCAUCUAUGAUAAACUGCUUGCCCUCGGCGCUACUGUCACAGAACAAGAGCUGGUGAUUGCUCUCCUCGAUGGCCUCGACGAGGACUAUUGUCCCUUCACCCGCAACCUCGAAGCGCGCCUGGAGGCAAUUUCAUUUGAGAAUGCGAGCAGCCUUCUACUCAGUGAGGAGAGGCAGCUGCAGCGUUUCCAAUCCGCCUCUGUGGACAGGGCACCACCGCAGAUUCUUUAUUCUGCUCGCGGGGGGCGUAGCGGCGGCCGAUUCAAUCGCGGCAGAGGAGGGAGAUAUUCUGGUCGUGGGUUUUUCCAACCUGCUUCUUUUCCUAACCCUUCUUUUGCAGGUCGGCCCAAUUCCGGUGGUUCUCGGCCUGUUUCUUCAGGCUUGCUAGGGGCUGGGCCUUCAAGCCCAUCAAUGUUGGUCUGCCACAAUUGUGGGGGGAAGGCCCAGCCCGGUUAUUUCAGCCCAACCCACUUACAAUUCCGGACCUGCCUCACAUCUUGCCCACUCCUCUCACCCCGCCCAAUCCUCGUCCCAGUGGCUCCUUGACUCCGGUGCUAAUCAUCAUCUCACCUCCGAUUUGGGUAAUCUGGUUCAUCAUUCUGAAUAUAAUGGUCCUGAUCAAGUCACCUUUGGCGAUGGUAAAUGUCUGCCUAUCACUCAUUCUGGUUCCUCUACCGCUGAUAUUUCUACUCGUUCAUAUGUGCUUGAUAAUAUGCUUCGUGUUCACAAUGCUCCUCAAAAUCUUCUUUCUGUCAGCUCCUUGACUCGUUCUAACCCCAUCUCCAUUGAAUUUUUUGAUACCUAUUUUGUGAUCAAGGACCGUCGCACGAAGGAUGAGCUCUAUCGUGGUUCUGUGCGUGAUGGCCUAUACUCCUUGCCUCUCCAUAUCUCAAGUCGCACUCUACCUCGUGUCUUCACCGCUUCUCUUGAUCUCUCGCAUCAACGAUUGGGUCAUGCAAAUCUUCGGGCCGUCAAACAACUUUUGUCUACACAUUCAAUAAAAUACCAUGAUAGUUCUCCUUCCUUGUGUCAUGGUUGUUCUAUUAGUAAGAUUCACAAAUUGCCCUUUUCGUCUUCCCAAUAUCGUGCUUCUGCACCUUUAGAACUCGUUUGUAGUGAUCUUUGGGGCCCUGCUCCUAUUCUUUCCUAUGAUCGUCAAUCUUACUAUGUUCUCUUCUAUGAUCACUAUAGCAAAUUCAGCUGGGUGUAUUUUGUGCGUUAUAAAUCUCAACUUCUUCAUGUUUUCAUUCAAUUUCGCCAACUAGUUGAGAAAUUUUUCGGCCUCCCCAUUAAAACUUUUCAAUCUGAUUGGGGAGGUGAAUAUCAAAAAUUGUCAACUUAUCUUGAGGCCAAUGGCAUUAUUCAUCAUUCUUCAUGCCCCUAUACCCUAGAACAAAAUGGUUGUGCCGAGCGGAAACAUCGCCACAUUGUUAAUAAUGGUUUAGCUAUGUUACACCAGGCUAAUGUUCCGCUCCAAUACUGGUCUCUCGCGUUUGACACAGCUUGUUAUCUCAUCAAUCGCACUCCUACUCCUCUUCUUCAAAACCAAACUCCCUUCCAAACCUUGUUUCACAAAUCUCCGGAUCUUCAAAAUCUUCGGGUUUUUGGGUGUUUAUGUUACCCUUGGCUUCGUCCUCAAACUUCCCAUAAACUUCAACCACAUUCUACACCAUGUGUUUUCUUGGGUUAUAGUGGUUUACACAAAGGUUAUCGGUGUCUUGAUCGCUCUACUGGCCGAAUUUAUGUCAGUCGUCAUGUUCUUUUUGAUGAAUCGGUUUUCCCUUAUAAAGACUCACCUAUCAA